AUGUCUCAGGACCAGGAGGGAGGGGCCCGGCCUAAAGUGAGGCCAGAGGCAGGGGCAGGAGGGCAGCCUGGGGGCAGGCGGCGGGCCCGGCUGGCCCCGUCCUCGGAGAGGCGAAGGCAGGCAUCACUGGAGGUGGAGUCGAUUGGGGGAAGUGGCUGCCAAUCCGAGCCCAGCAAAGGGGCAGGACGUUCCUUGCGCCAGAAGCUGCAGGCAGCCGUGGGCCACUGCUUCCCCCUCAAAAGUGCGCCCCGCUCCCCCAAUCUCUCCUCCCAGCGCAAGAUCCACCUUCGGGAGCUGAUGCUGGACACGUGUCCCUUCCCUCCGGGGUCGGAUCUGGCCCGCACCUGGAACCUCAUCAAGCAGCACACCGCACCCGUCUCCGAACACGAGGCCCUGGGCCCGCCCGCCCUGGAGGACGAAGAUGACCGCCUGAGAGAGCGGCGGCGCAUCAGCAUCGAGCAAGGGGUGGAACCCCCUCCUGACGCGCUGAUCCACACCUUUGAGGUCACGGCUCAGAUCAACCCCCUCUACAAGCUGGGGCCCAAGCUGGCACAUGGCAUGAAUGAACUGGCGGGGCCCGGCCGGGCCGCGCUCUCCGUGGCAGACGAGGGGGAUGAAGAGGAGGCUGAAGCGGCUUCCGCUGUGCCGCCGGACGCGAGGGACGGCUUGCGGGUGCACACGCAGAUCGACUACAUCCACUGCCUGGUGCCCGACCUGCUGCAGCUGACGCAGCUGCCCUGUUAUUGGGGUGUGAUGGACCGCUACGAGGCAGAGGCGCUGCUGGAAGGGAAGCCGGAGGGCACCUUCCUCCUGCGGGACUCCGCCCAGGAGGACUACCUCUUCUCGGUCAGCUUCCGGCGCUACGGGCGGUCCCUCCACGCCCGCAUCGAGCAGUGGAACCACAACUUCAGCUUCGACGUGCACGACCCUAGCGUCUUCCACGCGCCCACCGUGACGGGGCUGCUGGAGCACUACAAGGACCCCAGCGUGUGCAUGUUCUUUGAGCCGCUGCUCUCCAUCCCGGUGAACCGCACCUUCCCCUUCGGCUUGCAGCACCUCUGCCGGGCCGUGGUGACCUGCUGCACCACCUACGACGGCAUCGGGCAGCUGCCCAUCCCCAGCGCCCUGAAGGAGUACCUCAAGGAGUACCACUACAAGCAGCGGGUGCGGGUACGUCGGCUGGACACGUGGUGGACCUGA